AUGGCGCUAGAUGAAGCAUUAAAUAAUGAGAUGGUCUCCAGCUUGCCGCUGCAGAUGUCACUGUAUUUCAACUCUUACUUUUUCCCGCUGUGGUGGGUGAGCUGCAUCGUGAUGCUCCACAUGAAGUAUUCAGUCUUGCCUGAUUACUACAAAUUCAUUGUGAUCACUGUCAUCGUCCUCAUAACCUUGAUCGAAGCUAUCCGGCUGUACCUGGGCUGCAUGGGGAACCUGCAGGAGAAGGUUCCUGAGUUGGCUGGCUUUUGGCUUUUGAGCCUUCUACUGCAGUUGCCUUUAAUCCUUUUCUUGCUCCUUAACGACGGCCUAAGAAAUCUACCCUUGGAGAAAGCAAUACACAUCAUCUUCACCAUCUUCCUGACUUUCCAAGUCAUCUCAGCAUUCCUGACCCUGAAGAAAAUGGUCAAUCAGCUAGCAGCCCGCUUCCACCUCCAGGACUUUGACCGGCUGUCAGCAAACAGUGCGGCUCUGAGGAGGAGGAGGCCGUUUACAGAAGAGCUCUGACCCCACACUGAAGAGUCCGUCCGAAAGACGACUCAGGACUGAGAGAAUGACAGAGCAUCUGAGAUCAGGCCUGAGAAAGGGCACAUGUAUUCUGGGUUGUAUCCUCCACCCUGAAAUCCCAUGGCGACAAUGCUAAGAUGCACUGUGGUCCAUGAAAGCAAUCUAUUAACCCUGAAGCUCAGGGGAUGUCCAACAGACACUAAAUUUCUUGUUUCUGAUGUUGACUUUUCAGGUAUUUAUUUGUAAGUCCAUUGGUAGUUGUAAUCUACCACCUUUUCGGUAAUGUUUCUAGCUGUAAUCUGUAACUAGAAACACAGAUUUUCAGGAAAAAUCAGUUUGGGUCAACGGAAUCUCACUGGGUAUAUCAACACACUCCAGGACAUGCCCCACACCCAGGAGUAGUUGGAAAACACAAAACAAACUCAGUGGUAUUUUUGUGGAUUUUUUAUUUCAUUUUGCUUUUGUUUAAUCUUAUUGUUAGGGGGUAGGACGUUGGAGAGGAGUUGGGAAAGAGGGAAGAAAACAUGCAAAAUAUAUGGUAUGAAGAAAAAAUUUAAUAAAAAAAAAAAGAAAUGUGUAACAUCUCCUUUAAACUUUCAGCAAUCUAAUUGGCCGCUCUGGGUUUCUUGGAACAUAUGAAAAUGCUUGCUCAUCAGCAUGCUCAUGCAAUAGACGGUAUUUUUAACUGAGACAAAUUUUGGGGUGUGCCAGUGCUCAGUUCCAAAUCUCUUCUCAGUUGCUGUCCUGAGGUGAGGGAGGUGGUUGUGCUGUGGUAUUUACAGAGUUUAUCCUGAGGUGAAGAA